AUGAUAAGAGGGGAGGACUGCGUAAACCGGGGUCCUGUUCGUUCUCGACCUGCAUUGUUACAUGGUGGAAUAACGAAGAGGGGUUUGGAGGGAUUUCUCGAUGGUGGUCUUGGUGGAUGUGGAAGCUUUCACAUAGGAGGAACUGGGCUGUUGAGCGAGAGUACCGGUAGGGUGGCUUCGGAGCAAUCCGCGGGUAAAGGAGGAUAUAAAGAAAGAAGAGGAAGAGGAAGAGGAGGUAGAGGUAGAGCAGGAGCAGGAGCAGGUGGAGGUGGAUGUGGAGGUGGUGCUGGAGGUGGAAAGUAG